UUAAAAAACCCUAACAAACCUAAACCCCAAAUCUCUGCUUCCAAAUCUUUAGUUUCUUCGUUCGUGGCGGCGGCGACUGUGCUACCCGAUGAGGUUGCUCCGCAACCAGAACUGGUAGGGGUGAAUUCGGUGGUUGUUGAGGAGUAUGAUCCGGCCAGGCUGAAUGAUUAUGAAGAUUAUAGGAGGGAGAAAAAAAGGAAGGCGAUGGAAGCGGAGAGGUUGAGGGAGAUUGAGAGGAGGAGGCAAGAGGAGGAGGAGGAGAGGGAGAGGGAAAGGGAAAGGGAGAAGGAUAGGGACAGGGAUGUGAAUAUUUCUGGGGAGGAAGCGUGGAGAAGGCGUGCUGCCAUGAGUGGAGGUGUUCCGAGGAGUUCUUCGCCACCCAGGAAUGGGGAUGGGUUUAGUAUUGGGAUGUCAGGGACGAUAGGGUUGGGAGUUGGUGCUGGUGGACAAAUGACUGCGGCGCAGAGGAUGAUGGCGAGGAUGGGGUGGAAGGAAGGGCAAGGAUUGGGGAAACAGGAGCAAAGGAUUAUGACGCCAUUGAUGGCGAAGAAGACUGAUAGGAGAGCUGGGGUUAUAGUGAAUGCUAGUGAGAAGAAGGUGAAGAGUGUGAAUUUCAAUGGAACUCCUCCAACUCGGGUUUUUCUCCUUAGGCAGCAGGUGCAAUAG